AGGAGGCCACAAGCUACACUCAGACUGGACCCACUUGCAGUGCAAAGACCACAAGCAAGAAGACUCCGAAGCCGGGAGUAGAAGUACCAACAUUUAUCCUGGAGCUUAGAGCGAAAAGACAAGCGAGACCACGGCGUUUGGUUCUGCGGACUGUCUGCUGGAGCUCCGAUACAACCAAUUUGUCACUCCGCUAUACACCAGUUUCUCUGGAUAUAGCAACUAAACAAAGUUGGUAGUAAACUCUUUGGAGUUUGGUUAGAGUCGCUUUAUAUUUCUUUGCUUGUGAGAGUGGACUGCACUGAAACUUGGGAUCGACCCUCCUGGGUCGGGCUGGACCUGGCGCAUCCUUUUCGCGGCGUCAAACACUGCGAAAGUUUUGGCCAGAGCGCAGAUCUCAAGACUUUGAGUCGGGUCAGACUUUGAGAUAUCCUCAGCAGCUGCUAUCCGUGUCCAGAUUCCAGAUACCUGGGCGAUCGGUUAGAGAGCCACUGACCAGACUUCAAAGAAAACGUUUUCAAGCUUCCUCUUUGAUACAGACAUGGCACAUUGUCUGAUUUGCUAAAACUUAAGCAUCCAACAAUUCUUGAGAGGGGUUGUGAAGAUAAGUAAGAGAUCUGAGUGCAGUAACUUGCAACAAAGAAGUCAAAGAAACGACCUGGUUAAACCAGAAAUCACAGAUAUAUCAACAACAUCCUCUAUCUAAGCCGACCCAAUGGCGUGGUCAGCUCUUACCGGCCCCUGUGUGGCCCUCGCCCUGCUCUUCUUCGGUUUGACCUCCUGCACUCCUUCUGGACCUGCCUCUCCCACCUGUGCCACCCUGGAACAGAGCCGCUUCUUUGGUGUUUUCACUUCCACGACCACCCUGCCCUCCACACCAUGCUCCUGGACCCUGCAGAAUCCUGAUCCUCGCCGUUACACCGUCUACAUGAAAAUCACCAAGCCCACCGAGUCCUGCGUGCCCCGCCAGAUCCGGACCUUCCAGUUCGACUCCUUCAUUGAGACCUCCCGCACCUACCUGGGCAUGGAGAGCUUCGAUGAGGUUGUCAGGCUGUGUGAUGGUACAACCACUGUCACCUAUCUGGAGUCAAGCAAGCAGUUCCUGCAGAUGCGCAAGGUUGCUCCACGAAACGGCCUGCAGAUUGUGAACGGUGAGAAUGAUGUCAGCGAGUUCAAGGCUGAGUUUCUGGUCGUGGGGAAGAGGAACCCAAGUAUGCCUGCCUGCCAGAUGCUGUGCCAAUGGCUGGAGAAGUGCCUGUCCAGUAGCACCCAUGAUUACCCCUGUGGCAUCAUGAACACCCCCUGCCAGUGCUGGGAGGUCCCAAAGAGGAAGCCAGGAAGCUGCUACAGAGGCGGUGUCUAUGUUGAGAAAUGCCUUCCCGUUCCCAAAGACAAUGGACGUGAUGCUGAGAUUAUCAAGGGCUGGUCUGGUUGGGGCCGCUGGUCCGUAUGCAGUCAGGAAUGCGGUGGCGGAGUCCAGGUGCGCAGCCGAACCUGCCAGCCUGAUGAUACCGCGUGCGAGGGAACAGUGGAGGAAGGGCGGGCUUGCAACUCUCAGGCAUGCAUUGGCAAGGAGCGCAACAGGAGCCAGGGUCUGCGGGCCAUAAUUGGGCUGAGAAGGGACAAUGCUGAUGAUUCUAACCAUGGAGUUGUUGCCACCCAAACAGAUGCUACUACAGAUGAGUGGACCCCCUGGAGUGCAUGCUCAGUUACCUGCGGGGAGGGCUGGCAGAGCCGAACCCGUGUCUGUGCUACUUCCUCAUUCACCACCCAGUGCACCGGACCCCUGCGCGAGAACCGGCCAUGUAAUAACACAGUUGUCUGCCCUGUGGAUGGUGCUUGGGAUGAGUGGACCCCCUGGAGCCUGUGCUCAUCCACAUGUGGCCGCGGCUAUCGUGAUCGUACCCGCACAUGCAAGCAGCCCCAGAAUGGCGGAGAGCCUUGCCGUGGCCCCUCAAAGCAAACAAAGUUCUGCAACAUUGCUGUUUGCCCAGUGGACGGAUUCUGGAAUGAGUGGUCUGCCUGGACUCCAUGCUCUACCACCUGCUCCAAUGGCACCAUGCAGAGAACCAGGGAGUGCAACGGGCCAUCUUACGGGGGUUCAGAGUGCCACGGCAGCUGGAAAGAGACAGCCAACUGCUUCCUGAAAGAGUGCCCUGUUGAUGGACGCUGGCAUGAAUGGAGCUCAUGGGGCAGCUGCAGCAAGACUUGCGGUGGAGGCAACCAGCAGAGACAGAGGGUCUGUGAAGGGCCUUUCUUUGGAGGAGAACCUUGCCCUGGUGAUUCUAGAGAGCAUAAGCGCUGCAAUGAAAAGAGAUGCCCUGAACCCCAUGAGAUCUGCCCCGAGCAAAACACUGGCGAUGUUGUGUGGAAGAAAACCCCCGCUGGAGACCUGGCUGCCACUGGCUGCCCUGCUGAUGCCUCAGGUCUGAUUCUGCGCCGCUGCACUCUUGAUGCUAUUGGCCUCGCCUCCUGGGAAAACCCAACUUACAUCAAGUGUGUCUCCAAGAACUAUGAAAACAUUCAGAUGCUGUCGAGGGACUACAAUGCCAAAGCACAGAUGGGACAAAGCGUGGACGGGGUCGCUGAGGUGAUCUCACGCCUGAGAACUUCCUCUGAUAAAGGGGCGAGGUACAGCGGCGACAUCUUGGCCAUCAUGGAGGUCUUGAAGAACACCACCGAACUCUACAAAGAAACUAGGCUGAGAAUGGGCAACGCCGAUAUAGAGAACUACGUCCAGACCAUCAGCAACUUACUGAAGGAGGAACAUCGUGACAAAUGGGAUGAAGCACAGCUGAUGGGUGCCACUAUUAAGGAAUUCCUCCGCCUUGUUGAAGAGUUUGUGAGCAUGAUUGGGAUGCAAAUGAGUGGCUUUCAGGAAAUUUAUGAAACCACUGAGAAUUUAGUGCUGAGCAUUCACAAACGCUCUCCAGCUACAAGCUCCAACUUCACCUUCACUUUGAAGGGCUGGAGAGACACGUCUGACUGGGUCAGGACCUCUGAGGAGAAGAUCACAGUGUCCCGUGAUGCUCUGUCCAUUGAGCAGUCAGAUGACAGCGAUGCGAUUGUGACUGGCAUGGUCCUCUACAGAAACCUUGCUUCCAUUCUGUCCUUCCAGAGCAACACCACCCUCCUCAAUUCUAAGGUGGUGACAGUAAUCGUCAAGCCCAACCCAACUCUCCUGUCAUCCCCCGUUGAGAUCGAAUUCCCCCACCUUCAUAAUGGCACCAUAAACGAGACAUGCCUCUCAUGGGACGAAAGCGAAACUUCCUCUCUGCUUGGGUCUUGGUCUGCUCGGAGCUGCAGAGCGGUGCCCGUUCAUUCAUUCAGAACCAAAUGCGUGUGUGACAGCCUCUCCACCUUCGCCAUUUUAUCGCACGUCAACUUCGACUCGAUCAUGGACAAGGCACUGCUCCCGUCCGUGACUCUCAUUGUUGGCUGUGGGGUCUCCUCUCUCACCCUGCUGCUCCUCAUCAUCAUCUACGUCUCCGUGUGGAAGUACAUCCGCUCAGAGCGCUCCGUUAUCCUUAUCAACUUCUGCCUUUCCAUUAUAUGCUCCAAUGCCCUCAUUCUUGUUGGACAAACUCAGGCUCGCAACAAGGUGGUGUGCACUCUCAUCGCUGCAUUCCUGCAUUUCUUCUUCCUCUCUUCUUUCUGCUGGGUGCUGACAGAAGCUUGGCAGUCCUAUAUGGCUGUCACUGGUCGUCUGCGCAACCGCAUCAUCCGCAAGCGCUUCUUGUGCUUAGGCUGGGGCCUUCCUGCACUGGUGGUGGCUGUGUCUGUGGGUUUUACAAAAGCUAAGGGAUAUGGCACUGUCAACUACUGCUGGCUCUCUCUUGAGGGUGGACUCCUCUACGCAUUUGUAGGCCCUGCUGCAGCUGUCGUUCUGGUGAAUAUGUUCAUUGGUAUUCUGGUCUUCAACAAGCUGGUAUCCAAGGACGGCAUCACCGACGUGAAACUGAAGGAGAGAGCCGGGGCAUCACUGUGGAGCUCCUGCGUGGUUCUGCCUCUCUUGGCCCUCACCUGGAUGUCUGCCGUCUUGGCCAUCACAGACCGCCGCUCAGCCCUCUUUCAGAUCCUCUUUGCCGUCUUCGACUCACUGGAGGGUUUCAUCAUUGUCAUGGUGCACUGCAUUCUGCGCAGAGAGGUUCAAGAGGCUGUAAAGUGCAGAGUAGUCGACCGCAAGGACGAUGGAAAUGGAGACUCUGGCAGUUCCCUGCACAAUGGCCACACCCAGCAUAUGCCGUCUGAUAGUGAAAAGGAUGGAGAUUCAAGCAGACAAGGAAUGAAGAGCUCCUCCGAAGAGAAGAUGCCUCCUCCUCAGAUGCCCCUUCCCAUGGGCUCAAGCUACCACACCCUGCCAUCCAACCCCAGUAAAGGUCACAUGCAGGCGGUUCCUGAAUACUCCAGCCACACCCUUACCCUGAAGAGAGAGAAAAGCCGCCUGGCGGGAGGAGUCGAUCCAUCCUGCGGAAAACCUGUGUAUGUCUGCGAGGGAGAGCUCUUCAAGCAGCUGGAUGCCGAUCUCGCUCAGGCAGAGGGUGGUGUCUCUGAUGGCAGCGGUUACGUCCUCAUGCCCAACACUACCUCCACCCUGAGGGCUAAGCCCAAAGAUGACACGACAAAGUACAACAUCAGCGUGGAGCAGCUGCCGCAAGCCAGACUCAUGCACCUCGGCGGGCCCUUUGCGGAGCCUCAGGCUGCCUUUGGAAUGAAGUCGAUCCCCCCGGAUCAAGUCAGCGUGUCAUAUUCAGAGAGAGACUCCCCCAUCCAGAACAUCCACAACAUGUCCAGUGAGUCUCACAUCACCCACAGCAGCCUGGAGAACACCUUCGAGUCCAUGAACUCAAUGAUGUCCAAGAGUGAGACCAUCUCCACCCUUUCCAUGAGCUCCUUGGAGAGACAGAAAUCUCGUUAUGCUGAGUUGGACUUUGAGAAAAUAAUGCACACCAAGAAACGCCACCAGAACAUGUUCCAGGACCUUAAUAGGAAGCUACAUCAUGCUGAGAAAGACAGAGAGUCUCCUGCUUCUGACAGCAAGUCUGUGAGAUGGAGUGUGUCUUCAGGAGGAAGUGACAAAACGAACCACAGCGACAAGCAGCAAGGUCCUCUGGAGAGGCCAUGGGAGGGAGUCCGGGGAAUACCGUCAUCACCCCCUGCAUGGGUGCGCAAAGACCUGGAGCCCUUAGCUGCCUCGCCUCUGGAGCUGCACUCUGUGGAGUGGGAGAAGACAAGCACCACCAUCCCUCUGGUGGGGCAGGACAUCAUCGACCUGCAGACAGAGGUCUGAGGGGGAGGAAGGGGGCUAGCGAAGCCGCCUAAUUUCACCUCGGUCACCUUUUUUGGUUUGGGAAUGGGAUCCUGCAUGGAUAGUGUAGGGGAAGCCAAGAAAGAGAGGAAGUGAGAAAGUAGGUCCCAGAAUCAAUGUCUUCAAACCCUCAGCCAGAGCAGGAAAGAAGGGAGAGAAGGAGGGAUGGAGGAGUGGAAGUGAUGGUGGAGGGGAUGUUUAAUGUAGCUUCAGAGUGGACUUAUCAGCAUCUCUUAUUAGAGUGCUGUAAAGGUCAUAGGGGUAGUGGAGUGAUCAGUGGAGUCCACGGACCAGGACUGUCUGUGGUUCCAUUAAUGCUUCACUGGGAGUUUCUUGAGCGCCACAGCCUGAGUUUCAGAGCUGUGGUCGACAGGUCUGUGCUUCUUUUUCCUUCAACUCAACUUUGGAGAAAAAGUGAACAAUUUUGAAACGGCACGUUCUCCCUGCUUCUUGGGAGUAACAGCCGGAACUCCUGGCUGAUUUUCUUCCAGCCAAAAAAAAAAAACUUCCAAAAAACAGGACAAGGCAAAGAGAGCAUAUGGGACCAGUUUCAUGCUCCAAUACUCUGAUGGGCGCAUACAUUUUGCUUUUGUGAAGUGGGUUACUUUAUUGUUUUUAUUAAUCUUUUUCUUUUAUUUAUUCAGCUUGUGUGUUUGUUUGUACUGCUUUACAUCUGGAACUGCAACUCCAGAGCUGAAAAUGACUCUCUGUGCUGAGAAGAAAACACACUCCUCUAUUGGAGAGCUUAAUCACGCUGAUAGAGCUUCUUACUCUUGCUAUCACCAUGGCUAUUAUAAUUCCAAUUAUUAUUGCUGGUGUUAUGAUUAGCAUUGUUUCUGUCAUUAUUGAGUUAAUAUCAUAUUUUGAUUUUUUAUUCCUUCCUCAUGAAGUGUCAGGCACAAGAUUUAUUGUUGUACUGUGACCUAUGACAUUAUUCAAAAAAAAAGAAGGAUUAAAUGCGACCAUAAUGUGUUCGGAGCCCAUAUGGACUGCAUCGGGACAAACAAUGCUGAGUGGUGAUGGAGGUGGUGGUUAGUUACCAUUUGCUGGUUUCCUCCAGUAUUCUGCUUCGAUACCAAAACACCAGCACCAGAAGGAACACAGACUCUCAAGCGGGAAGAGCAGUGCACUCUGGAAAAUGCUGGAUAGAGAUGUGAGGAGGUGGCUGGGGACACCACCCUCCCCUCACAGCUAGCACAAGAUGCAGGCUCUUCCAUGUUGAACAUGUGGAUUCAAGGGUUCAGAAAGGCCUUUCAUCAUCGCCCUUUUGUUUCUCAGCCUUGCAGGACUUUUGGACAGAACAGGAGGCUCCUGGCUCUGGAAUGACUUCCAAGUUCAGCGUCAGGUCCUCAAAACUUCAACACAUUUGUGUUUUCAACCAUCAGUGUGAUAUAGUGCAAUAUGAUGGGCGCUUGAUGCUCAAGCAAGACUGAUAAUCUAAUUUAGGCCGAGAUUUUUUUUUUACUAAUGUUUCAAAAUUUUUAUACCAUCUUCCUCAUAUUUACUGAGCAUAUAGAUGCUUUAUGAGAAUACUGUAUAACAAAUCUGUAUUAGUAAUUCAAAGAAUUUAUUCACUAGAGAUCUGUUAGCACAAGGCUCCAUAUUUGGAGCUCUCUGUGACAGGUAGAUGAUAGUACUGAGAAAAAAUGAGCAUUAUAUAGAAUGAAUGAUAGCCUAUGAAUAUCACAUAACUGUGUUCCAGGAUGUUUGUUAUUACUCUCAGCUGUGUAGCGAUGGGUAAUUGAACCUCAUGUCUUCUGUAACAGUGUUGGUAACUCAACAGUAUGUACUACCAGUCAAUUCCCCUGCCCCGUCAAAAUUUUCUGCCCCACCCAAAGCCCAAUUCAUACCUCGAGUUACUUGUAUCGAAAACCCGAUUGUACUUUCUCGUCACAAUGUUUUUAAUGUUCUGUUUUACCUCCUGUAAAUGUACAGUUUUCACAGCACAAAAUGAAUGUGACUUAUUUCUAAUAAAAAAUAUCUUAUAUUACAAUA